ACUCCUCAUUCUCCAAGAGGACAAGACCACAUCUGGUGGCUGAAGCAACAUGGCCCCAUCACUUCUCACAACAGCAGGAGGGCUUCUGUUACUGUUUUCCAUCUCAUCUGCACAAACCAGAGGAGACAACAUCUUAACAUGCACCAAAACCGAUGCCUUCGGAAAAUACUGUCCCACGACAUGUGGAGUGGCUGAUUACCUUCUGAGGUAUCUGCCAGGAGUAGAUGAUGAGUUGGAGACUUUGCAAAGUGAGCUGGACAAAAUUGCCAAUUUGACCCAGGGGACAGACGAAACAAUAGUCUACAUGAAAGAUUCUACCACUUCAGCUCAAAAGAGUGGACCACAAGACACAAAUUUCAAAAGGUCGUCGAGUAUGCUGGAUGAUGUCGUCCACUAUGAAAAUACCAUCCUUUCACAAGAGCAACAAAUGUAUGAACUCGGGGAAAUAAUUUCAUCUAACGAGAGGAGGAUGGCGGACUUGAAGCAGCUCUCCCUCCAGCUGCAGCAGAAAUGCAGCGAGCCUUGCAAAGACACAGUCGAAAUCCAACCCACCACAGGAUCAGACUGUCAGGACAUUGCAAACAAAGGUGCCACCACCAGCGGCCUUUACUACGUCAAGCCAGCUCAGGCCACUGAACAGUUCCUGGUCUACUGUGAAAUUGACAGCUUUGGACGUGGAUUCACAAUUAUACAGAGGAGACGCGACGGCAGUGUGGACUUCAACAAGGACUGGACCCAGUACAAGGAGGGAUUUGGUUAUCUCUCCCCAGACGACACUACCGAGUUCUGGCUCGGCAACGAGAAGAUCCACCAGCUGACCAUUAAUUCGCCCAUCCCGACUGUGCUGAGGAUCGAGCUUGUUGACUGGGAAGGCAACAAAAGACAUGCAGACUACCACACGUUCAAACUGGGAUCAGAGGCCGACAAGUACCGGCUGACCUAUGGCUACUACUUUGGCGGCGAUGCAGGAGAUGCUUUUGACGGCUUUGACUUUGGCGAAGACCCCAGCGACAAGUUCUACACGUCACACAACGGACAGCAGUUCAGCACCUUCGACAGCGACAAUGACAAGUAUGAUGGCAACUGUGCUCGGCAGGAUGGCUCUGGCUGGUGGAUGAACAGAUGUCAUGCUGCACAUUUGAACGGCAAAUACUACACGGGUGGUAGGUACACAGAAAAGGAUGCAGGUGAAUUUGGUUACGACAACGGCAUCAUUUGGGUGACAUGGCACAACCGCUGGUACUCUCUGAAAGAAACCACCAUGAAGAUCAUUCCACUGACCCGCUUCACAUCAGCCGAUGGACAACAGGCGGGUGUGAAACAGUUUGGUGGACUAUAAAAGUAAAAGCACGAUCAAAAGUAGACAUGUGUUUGUGGUCAGUGCUUGUGUCCAGCACAGACACCUUGUAAGGGUGUUUCUCCAUGUAAUAUUUGCAUGUCUGUAGCUGUUCACUGAUGUUUUCCUUCUCCAGUGUUGUUUUGGGCACUAAAUAAAUGUCCUGUUCUUCACCAAAUAA